UCUAAUAAUUAUAAUGUCAUAGAAACCUAACUAGUUUUAAAAUGUGUAGUUUUAAAAUCCCUAUAAUCGUAAAAAAGAUUAGGAAACUAUAUACAGUUCAAUGUAUGAAUAAUAUUAUUUAAUAUAAUUCAAUUACAGGAUGUGGUCUCUUUCACUGUUUUAUUAUUGGAUUAUGCGGCAUGUGUGCAAUUGCAGAAGCUUGCGUUCUUCCAACUAUUCUAAUUGUAGUUCCAUUCAUGGCAUGUGAUUUAAGCCUAAGUGCAAACCAAGCAACUGCUGUGCACGCUACGUUAACAUUAGGAAUGGCUGUAGGAGGAUUUCUAUUCGGAAUAAUAAUCGAUGCAAGUGGGCGUAAGGGUUCCAUUCCUGUCACUAUGAUCGUUGUAUUUUGCGCUACUAUCAGUUUAUCCUUUGCGCAAACUACAUUUCUGAUAUACAUUUCAACAUUUAUACUUGGAUUAGGAUUAGCUGGUAAUAAUGUGGUUUUAAGAGUAUAUCUAAUCGAAUUACUGCCCAUGAAACGAAGAGGCUUUUGUUUAGUUAUUUUGGACGUAUUAGGAAUCCUUAGUUACAUGUCUAUUUUAGGAUUGUCAUGGCUGCUAAUGCCUUCGAUCCUGCUAUUCCAAAAUAAAAAAUUUCGACCAAAUUCUUGGCGAGUCCUUACAGGAUUAGGAGGUAUACCAAAUUUGAUCAUAGCGUGCGCGACCAGUUUGCUGCCGGCAAGUCCAAGAUAUCUGCUUUACCGGCGACGACACGAGGAAGCAUUAUCGAUAUUACGACAAAUUUAUGCAAUUAAUAAUUCGAAACACGUCGACACUUUCGUACUUUCGCUAAGCAAUUUGGAAAACUGCGUUAAACAAAUUGAAGAGGAGGACGAGGAAACGAACAAUAUGAUCAAAACGAUACAUAAAUUUUGUGUUAAAACGUAUAAACGUAUUCGAGAAAUAUGCAAAACGUUUAAAUAUACUACGAUAUUAGGAAUUUGUACUAAUUUUCUCCAAUUUCCGGGGAUUAUGUGGCUUGCCCUGUGGAGCGCACAAAUCCUACAGCAAACCGAGAAUACACAGAAAUCGUCAAGGAAGGAUUACGCAUGCGCAAUUGAUAUAGAAGACAUGGCGUUAGGGUUUUUGCACAAUUGUCAAGAGGUAGACAUGGAUCGUUUUCGAAUGCUUUUGUACUUAUCAUUGAGCUAUUUAGUAGCAGAAAUUUUAUUGGUAAUUGGAAUCGAUGUUGUGGGUAGAAAAAUAUUUCUAGUGUUUUCGGGUCUAGUGGGAGCAACAGCAUGCCUGGGCUUGUUGUUCACAGUUCAUAACGUAAUACAACUCGUUCUUUCACUGAUUAUACUAGCAACUUACGUAAUUGGUCGUACAACAGCGUCGAUAAUCUUACUGGAAAAUUAUUUUACUGGCGUAAGGGGUACGAUCAUCGGUUUAUCUAGAAUAUUUCCAUACUUGGUCGGUAGUUUUAGUAAAUUAUUCCUAAAUGUACAGUGCGCUUCUAGCAUCAUCGUUAUGUUGGGAAUUUUAAUGAGCGCUGCCGUUGCAGGAUCGCGAAUGACUGAUCUAACCCGGUUACCGAUGCAAGAAUAACUCGUUAACAUUCUUCCAUGGUCUUAUAUAAUCUUGAUAAAUUAUGGAUUAUUACUUUUAUUGCACCAUGAUUGUGAGCAUAAUGUAUUACAAAUCUACUGCUACGGAGAGAAUAAAAAUUUUUUUUUUUUAUACAAAAAAUGCGAUUUACACGAAACUUUCUUUUUUUUUUUAACACGUUAUAAUUAUUAUUAAUUAACGAAAUAAGAUUUAACAUAUUCGAUAUCAAACGAUAUCUGAUUACACAACACACGAUCACUGUGUAAACUACUUAUCGUGGAAUUCUUUGAAAAAAUUAUUUCUGAUAUUUUAAGAAAAUGAUUUAAACGUGAUUGCACGCGUGUUAAAUAUGUCUGCGAUCUAUAUACACAAACGUUACACAAUAUUCAAAUGCUAUAUACCGAGAAGCGAGAGGAAUGAAAUCAUAAUAGAAAUCUACUAUUUCAAAGUUCUACUUUUCGAAUGUUUAUCAAAUGUUCCAUUACUGAAAUAACUCGUUCCGUUCGUACGAUAAUUUAAUACGAAAUUAGUAUUCCAUGCGAUCAAUAUCUUUUGUAAAUGUCAAAACGAUGUGCGAGAUUAAAAAAAAAAAA